UCUUUUUAACCUAUAACGAUUGACAAGUUGUCAAGUUCCAGUUAUACCUUGACAGUGUGUUUGAUUGAUGUAAUGGUCGAAUUUGACAGUUGUGAUCAAAAUAUAGAAAAAAAAUCAGAACUUAAGUUUUUAAGACUGAAAGAAUAAAAGUUUAAAUAUGAACUUUCAUAAAUUAAUGCACACUUUUAUAAGUCGACCUUCUUUUUGCAACUAUCGUACUUACAGUGCCUACAAUUUAACUUUUGAUAGAAGAUUAGACUGCUCCGAAACCAACCAUAAUAAUUUAUUUAAAAAGAAAACUUUACUAGGUAAUAUUAAUAAAAGAAAUAUUUCGAUAGAAAGUGUAGUAAAAUGGCAAGAACAGACCUAUAUGAGUAUAUCAAAUAGCAGUUUAGUAAAUGUAAUACAAGAUGGAUUGCUUUAUUUUCACGAUACCACGGGUUUGACUUGGUCAGCUACAAUUAUUACUUCAACUAUACUUGUUCGAGCGCUCAUGACGUUACCACUUUCAGUUUAUCAAAAUUAUAUUCUAGCAAAAGUUGAAAACAUUGGCUUAGAGCUAAGAGAUUUAAGCAAUGAGUUAAAAAAAGAGACUGCUAUUGCUAAAAAAAUGUAUAGCUUAAGUGACAAACAGGCUAUGAUUUUAUAUAAAAGAUCUCUCAAAAAACAAUGGAAGAAGCUUAUAGAAAGGGACAAUUGUCAUCCACUGAAAGCUACUUUGGUUAUUUGGCUUCAAUUACCGAUAUGGGUUUGCAUGUCUUUCGCACUUAGAAAUUUGGUAAAUAUGCAUCCGUCAAGUCCAUCAGCAAUGAUAACAUUUAUGGAAUUACAAAAUGGUGGUUUUGGUUGGAUACCAAACCUAACUGAAUCUGACCACUCUCUUAUCUUACCCUUGACAUUUGGAAUUGCAAACAUUGCUAUUAUUGAAGUACAGAGAUUGUCUAAAUUAAGGGAGCCAUCUAAAAUCUACAACAUAUUUACAAAUGUUUUUAGAGUAUUUUCAAUAGCAAUGAUUCCUGUAGCAGCCAGUGUUCCUUCGUGUAUGUGUUUGUAUUGGACUACUUCCAGUGUAUUUGGUUUAGCUCAAAAUUUGAGUUUAUUAUCACCAACUUUAAGGAGAAAACUGAAAAUUCCAGAGGCUCCAAGUGAACUUGAACAUCCAUAUAGUCAUAUGAAAGAAGAAAUAAAUAAAAAAAUCAGAAAAUUGUUACCUAAGAAGUUGCUUUAAAAUUAAAUACCAUCUUUAUUAUCAAUAAGUUGAGUGUUUCUAUAUUACAGACACCC